GUGCUACGCCGGGUACAUCGUCGCCUGCGUCCUCAUAGGCGGGAUCGUUUUCGGGCUGUUGCACAACGACCUGGACGUCCACAGGGCAGUCUACACGUCCGCCUCCUGCGUCUCCCAGAGCGGGCUCGCAGUGCAGGACUGGUCGCAGCAGACCAGGAGCACGUACGUCGCCAGCUUCGUUCUGAUCAUCAUGGGCUCCAUGUCGUUGCUCCACCUCGUGCCUGUGAUUCUGAGGAUUUUGUCGUUUCGCAUGCAGGCCAGGAUGACGACCAUGAAGGCAGUGCACAGUCCGAGGAGGCGCAACAAGAGAGGCGGCAUCGUGACCUUCAAAGCCCCUGACAGCACCGAGUCCUUUAGUUCAGCACCCCGUUUCGCAUGGCAGCGCAGCAAGUCCGAGGACUCAGCACCCCGCGGGGAAGCGCCCCCUUGGGCACGUCACGGGGAGGUAGUGCACACCGUGGACUCUGUCUUCUACGGCAUGAAAGCGGGCACGCCCAAGCGGAGCACUGGCGGGUCUGAGGAAUCUAUAGAGGAGAUGCACAGGAGUGGUAAUGCAGGCAGAAAGCUAGUCCGGACUACCGGUGCUCUGCCUUUGUCGCAGCAGAUAGAGUACAAGGCGCUGAUCAAAAUAAUGAAGGUUAUGCUGGCAUACUGGUUUAUCUCUCAGUCUGUCGGCGCCUCCAUCUUCUACGCGUACUUUCGUUUCGGCUCUGGCCCAAUCCAGAGCAGACUCCGCAGCGAAGGCAUCUCCCCGGUAUGGAAUGCUCUGUAUCUUGCUGUUUCGGCUUUCCAGAACAACGGGCUCGUGUUGACGCCCUCGUCGGUGAUGGAGUUCAAUCGGAGCCCAGUGCUGCUAAACACGAUCGGAGCUCUGAUCCUUCUUGGCAACACAGCAUUGCCCAUCAUGAUCCGAUCCAUUUCGAUGAAGGAAAAAUGCAUCAACAGCGGGCUCAGAUGGGUUCCGUGGACCAGAAGGUGCUAG